CAUAGUUAUUUCAUUUAUCUUGCUUUCCGCGAAUAUUGCGUCAUGUUCUUGACCACCUGCACAACUCCACAUUAGGGCCGCCGCGUUCUGUAUUUUGUUGUCAGUCUCCUAUGGUUACGUCAUUCGCAUCACGCUUUAGAGUUACAAUUGCUAAAGCAAGGUGAAACCAGACUCAAAUUGUAAUUAGGCUAUGUUGACAAGUAUGUGAAAAAUGUUCUUGGUUUUUACACACAGUUGUAAAUGAUUUAUCCGCCUGGUCAGAAUGUUGCUAAAUGUCCGGAAGUCGGUGGAGUGUUAGCAUGUAGCUUGCCAGUGUUCGUUGCUGUUGGAGAGGCUAACUCAGUUGGAGGAGAAGAGUUAAACCAGACACUUCAAGACUGUAUCCAGGCCACAUUAAGCAAGUGGUUUGCCACCAUACCUCCAACUCUGGAAACGAAUCAGCUGCCUAUGACACUUGACUGUAGCAUACCUGAGGAGACAGAGGCCAUAACAGCUGAGGAAAGAGAGGAGCUGAAAGUCUCUGUUAAGAUUUUCCUCAGCGAGUGUGACUGCUCUUCCAUCAGAAAUGCUGUGGAGAUGGCUUGUCACUCUCUGGGAGUGUCUCAACUGGACUCGGUCAUCAUUGCCCCCCCACCCCUGCCUGAUGGGGACAACCAGACCCUGGAGCACCUGCAGCCUCUCUGGGCCGAACUGGAAGGCCUGGUGCGCAGCAACAAGGUCACAGCUAUCGGAACGUCCGACCUGGACAAGACAAUCCUGGAGCAGCUGUACAACUGGGCACAGGUGAAGCCCAGCAGUAAUCAGGUGAAUCUGGCCUCCUGUUGCGUAAUGCCUCCAGACCUCACGGCGUUCGCAAAGGAAUUUGACAUCCAGCUGCUGACUCACAACGACCCUAAAGAGCUCAUCUCAGCAACAGCCUUUCAAGAAGCGGUCCAGGAGAGCACCCAGGACCUGCAGGUGGCAGACUGGAGCCUGGAAUGGGUCCUUCGCUACUCUCUCAUCGUGAAAAGCAGAGGCAUCAUAAAGUCAAAAGGGUAUCUUGUUCACGCCAAGAGGAACAACCUUUAGCCAGCCCCAAGAGUGAACAUUUCAGACGUGGAACUUAUGGUCAGAAAAAAAAAGAUGACAAUGAAAUCACCAAUUUUUGUUUUGUUUAUGAUUUUAAAUUUAUAUUUUUAAACAACUUAAAUCUAUGCCACUCUCUGCUCUAUGAUAUGUCAAUAGUAAGUGCCUGUUUCUCUGUUUUAUCUGAUUUCAUUUCUCCCCUGAACUUUCCUUUUAUAGCACGAAACCCAGAAGAUGUAUUCAUUGAGCGAGCAAGAGAAAGAGAGUAUAGCUACAGUGUAAUUAUUCAUAAUAUAUGAGUUAUAUAUCAAUGUAAGUCAUUCAUUUUACAACACAGUGAGGGAAUACAGAGUUUUUAUAUUUUCUUCUAAAAGGCACUUGAUUUUAAAUUGGCUUAUAGCAUGUAAAAGGCUCCCAACUUCAGGCUAAAGGCUGUGCGGUCCUCACUGUUUGAGAAGCUUAUUGCACUCUGAAUGAACAUGUUUACUGUCAAUGCAACAAAUUUUAAUAUUAAUUUUAAAUAUGAAUGAUGGAAAGUUCCAUAUGGCUUGGGCGUGGUUUUGUUAAAUUGUUGAAGCUGGUUAAAUCAGAAGUAUGUGUCCCAUGAACACAGAAAUACCUUAUUUGAGAUGGCACAUAAAACUGGGGGUGUUCAAAGCUUAUAUAAAAAAAAAAACACUGCUCUUCCCCAGACCGACUCUGUUGACAGGUGUGUCUGAUAAUAUCUUGCUAUUUAUUAAUUAUACCUAUAAAUCCUGCUUGGGUCUAGUGAAGGUUGGGAAAUUUCAUAUGCUGUACAUUACAUUUUAAGGUUUUCAUUAUUUCUGUAUAUUAUGUUUUUAAUUGGUGUCAUAAAACACAUUAAAUCUUUCAUAUUAUUGCUUUUGUUCAUGAUGCAAAAACACGUUCUGUAAUGAAAUGUAACCCUUUACAAAAGAUCAUCUAGCCUAUUGUAAAUAAAAAUACCAUCAUGGAGUUGCACAUUCA